AUUGUCCGGAAAAAUAUUCAGGACGCGCGCCUUUGAACGUCCUCGCUUUAAUAACAACGCCGUUGAGGGGCGCCGCAGAAGAAGAAGACGCGUCGUUCAGGAUCAGCUUUGAGUCCAAAAUAGCACCGGCAGCAGCACCGCCCUCUGCUCCCACUCCACGUCACGCAGCUCAGCAGGAAAUUUAAACACACGUUGGUCCAGAGACACAACACACGCGCGCACACACGCAUCUCUGUGCUCCAAGGUCAGCGGUGCGUUCAGUGGAAACUCCGUUCGCAGCGAAGGGAGAAGUCUUGAGCUGGGCCAGAGAUGCCGGCCCCACCAGGUCCCCCCGCCGUACCCCCGCCAGAUGGUGGAUGGGGGUGGGCCGUGGUCUUUGGAUCGUUUAUAUCCAUAGGCUUCUCCUAUGCCUUCCCCAAAGCCAUCACUGUGUUCUUCAAAGACAUCCAGAUCAUCUUUGAUGCCUCCAGCAGUCAGGUGGCCUGGAUCUCCUCCAUCAUGCUGGCUGUCAUGUAUGCUGCAGGUCCCAUCAGCAGCAUCCUGGUCAACACGUAUGGCUGCCGGCCCGUUGUCAUGAUUGGGGGCAUCUUCUGCGCUGUCGGAAUGAUCGCCGCGUCCUUCUGCACCAACGUGCUCCAGCUCUACAUGUGCAUCGGCGUCAUUAGCGGAAUUGGUCUUGCCUUCAACCUCCAGCCGGCGCUAACUAUGAUCGGAAAGUACUUCUAUAAAAGGAGACCUCUUGCUAAUGGACUGGCCAUGACAGGCAGUCCAGUGUUCCUCAGCACGCUGGCCCCCCUGAAUCAGUACCUCUUCAACAAGUUUGGCUGGCGAGGGAGCUUCCUCAUCCUGGGCGGUUUGUUGCUGAACUGCUGUGUGGCUGGCUCCCUCAUGAGGCCUCUCAAACCUCCGCCUGGCGAGGCCAAGAAGGAAGAAAAGGAACCUGAUGCUACUGUGGCCAAAAAAGAGAAGCUGUCCGCGUGGCAGAUUGUAAACAAAUACCUGGACUUGACACUCUUCACACACCGGGGCUUCCUCAUCUACCUUUCGGGCAACUGCAUUAUGUUCCUGGGAUUUUUUGCGCCCAUCGUCUUUCUGGCUGCGUAUGCCAAGAACAUGGGUGUGGAUGAGUACUCGGCUGCCUUUCUCCUCUCCAUCCUUGCAUUCACCGACAUGGUUGCAAGGCCUUCGAUGGGGUUGCUGGCAAACACCCGCUGGAUCAGACCACGGAUCCAGUACUUCUUCUGCUUCGCCGUGCUCUACAAUGGAGUUUGCCACAUCCUGUGCCCAGUGGCGCAAAGUUACUCUGGACUGGUGGUGUACGCUAUCUUCUUUGGGUUUGCCUUUGGCAUGGUGAGCUCGGUCCUGUUUGAGACCUUAAUGGACCUUGUUGGGGCUCCAAGGUUCUCCAGCGCUGUAGGACUUACCACCAUUGUGGAAUGCUGCCCGGUGCUUAUUGGUCCCCCAAUAGCAGGAAAGCUGGUGGACGCCACCGGGGAUUACAAGGUGAUGUAUCUCUUCUGUGGCGGUGUCGUCAUUCUGGCCAGUAUUUGGCUCUUCAUCGGAAACUUCAUCAACUACAGACUACUGGCACGAGAACGCAAGUAUGCAGAGCAAUACAAACAGACGAACACGGAAGAUCCUGACAAAGCCCAAGAAAAGAAGGAUGACCUGAAGGAUUCCCAGGACCUUGUGGACAUUGUUUCCGACAACCAAACCGAUGGUGAACCGAUGCAGCGGGAAACCAACAUCUAGCGUUGCACCGUCCAUCACAUUUGAUCAACUGAGCCAAGAAGGCCCUCCAGGUGCUCCAACGGCCACUUUGAAACUCACUUCUAGUCAACUGCCAGUGUUGUGUGAGACUGUCAUGGUAUAGCUAAGACAAACGCUGCGUGAAUGUGUACGGCAAACUGUAUUUUCUGUCCUGCUACGUUUAAAUGGGAAUUGAAAGAAGAGGGUGAUCACAGUGUUAAAAUUUCAGAACUAAUUCAGAUUGAAUAUUUGCAAUAAUUUAUUGGCCCUGUACUUUCCUUCAGAUUUUGAAACCAAAUAUCUUUGGCGAUAAGGUGUAGUCGGACAGAAAGGUUAUAAACAGCGUAUGAAUGUGCACUCACAACUGUAUUGUCAGUCUUGCAAAGAUCAAACCGCGACACUGAACAAAGAAAAAAAAACUGCAGACUUAAAAGACGAUCUGUUGAAAAUUCAUUCCAUUAGCCUUCACUGAAUGUGCAAAAUGUUUCCUUUGUCCUUGACCCUUUACAUGCGCCGUUCAUUUGUUGUGCACCAAAGCAAUCGACUGUGAGGACAUGAUACGACCAACCUUGUCUCUUAGCCUCUGGAACUGACCCGCAAAAACUUGACAAAGUACAGUGUUUCCCUCAAACCAAGUGUCUUGCCACCCAUAAUUCAUUCAUUCAAAACUAAACGUAUCCCGCUCUCACUGAAUGGUGUCACCGCUGCCUACUCUACCAACUAGGAGGCACAGUAGAAGCCUACUGGCUCAUUUGAAUGGGUGGUGCAUACUAUAAAAAACUCCCAUGAAAUCGGGUGAUUCUGUCUGUAUUGGGUGCACAUUCAUUCUAAACUAUUCUUAACUGAGCAAUUCAUCUUAAAGCUGGGACCUCACCCUUUUUGGUCUCAUCAUGACCACAUGAAAAAACAAUCCAUGUUUGUCAGUUCCUUAUAGCACUUUAUUGCUUCCAAAGGUUUCUGCCAAGCGUUUCACCAACCAUUUUCCUCUUCUUUUCUGAAGUAAGGUACUAGUGUAAUUUUGUACAGACAGAACGCAAAGGACGGACCUACUAGAUUAGCCAACAAUCAUGGCCUGACAGCAGAGAUGCGUGACUAUGGUCAAUAUUUUUUCCCACUUUGAACCAGAGCUACUGUUGGCCCUCCCACUCACGGUCAACGGCUCUAUUCUCAUUCUCUCAUUGCUGCCACAGAUAAGUCCAUUCUCAGGUGUGCACUGUAAAAUCCACCGUCGUCCAUUGGUCUGCUGUUUCCUGCUACUGGCCCGAUCAAUAGAUGCACUCAAUGGAUUUCAAAGUGGCGCAUUAAGACUUUAUAUAUUCCUUAUGAAACUCAGAAAAGCCCCAUCGCAUCCCUUGAUUUUGUUUCGUGAUGUACAUCAGGUUAUUUUGACUGUUAUACCGACGGACCAUUUACUUUGUACAACUGCUGCAAUGACAUUGAAAUCUGUGUGAAUGUAACUUCCUGUCAGCCUUAACACUGUUUCAGCGACCAAAACUCAUCUAGAUUUAGCUGCACAGAGAAUCAGGUAUCUGUCUUUUGCUCACUGUCUGUGAUGCCUUAACACACAUGAAGGGAAUAUGAGGCGGUAAUCAUUUCAACUGUUGAAGUGGAAAGGGUUUGAAAUUUGGAAGUACGACAGCGUAUGAAGAGGUGACACUUUGGUGAAACACAACCUGUUAGCCGGGAGCAAAUAUUUUCCAAAUGAACACUUACAGCUUCCCUCAGCCAUGUCCUCAUUUACUGAAGACCUCCAUCUUCAGCUCCGUGAAAUUGUUGAAUGUUGAAGGGGUUCUUGGAUUUUUCGAUGGUCUCGUCCGAGUUCUUGAAUAUAGCAGGCAGUAAAACAAAUGCAGAUGUGGUUUGGACAGUUUUGAACUUAGAGAUCCUGAUCCUUAUCACUGCCACUUUAGUGAUCAGAGAUGAAGGUCUGAUUGACAAGUAUAACUCUAGCAUACAGCGGUGGAUAAAAGCUUGAGGACACCCCAGGCUUUCUACUGGCAGGACCUCUAAAUAGUCAUUCCGUUUUCAACACAUCAGAAUCUGAAAACUUUAUUAUUCCCAAGGGAAAUUAUGUUCGUAACAUGCUCUGUACACAACAUAUCACAAUAAAAUGAAAAAUAAAUUAUAUUAUAAAGUGCAAAAAGUAAUACAAAAGAGCUGAGAAACAAUUCUCUCAUUCUCAAACAUUCUCUCCAAUUUGUUGACUGGACGAUGUUGAAAACUGACAUGUUGAAACGGUUAAGAAUAUAGUUUUGUUGGUUUUUGCUGACAAAUGAAUAAACAUUAAUAUUGUAAUCAAUUUUAAUGGUGUCCAAAUACAUGGUAAAACAGCGAUUUCUCAAUUGUUGCUGCAGUUCCUAUCUCAUCGGCUUGAAAAGGUGGCAUCAAUUGCUCAAUAAAAAUAGAUGUUUUUGUUCCCCUUUCCAAUUCUCAUCAUGCAACAGCCUGGUUUUGUCAGUGGCCCUCAUACGCUGUCGUACACGAUGGAAUGAAAAAUGUAUUUUCAAUGUAUUUGUGUUGUUGUUUUUGUAUCAGUGUGCAUUUGCGUGGUAAUGGAAUAGUAUUCUGUGUAUCUAAUACUCUUGUAGACAAAAAAAACCAUGUAAAGCUAAAUUAUUUUUGCUAAUAAUGAGAAAAAAUAAUUUAAACUAAAGCUUAAAAAAAAUAAAUUUAAUGAAAAUGGUUGUGACAUAGCUAGCAAUUUGAAUCAGCCUCACUAGUCAUUGUCACACGUCCUGCUUCUAUUUUUUUUUACCUUGUAUUGUGCUGCUGAUUAUUUUGCAGCGGAAGCAAUAACAUAGUUGCUACUCUGGCGUCAUUGCCACGCUGAUGUGACUAGCGGAAGAUAAAAGCAAAUUUCCAAAGUGUCAACCCUGUUGAUGACGCACCCAGGCUGAUAUGUUAAGCUGUAUUGAUCAGCCUCUAAAGUUGGGGAGUGUUGGACGUCACUUUUGUGUUUCAAACAUUUGUGGCAUUGUGGGUACGAAUUAUAUGCCUAAAAACUGCACCCAUCUGUCUUUAAUAUGUCUUUGUUUGCGUUUAACUGAGAUUAGAAAUUAAACUGAGCAGCGCAAGUGUCCCAAGGUUAAUGUCUGAGGCAUUGGUGCAGAAGGUUGGGGGUUUGAAUCCAGUGACUGUAGUAGCCAGUGUGCUGCUCCAAGAUGUACUUGACUCUUUACUAUUGCAACUUGGGCAUGAACAUAUGCUGCAUCAGCAAGUUGGGUGAACAAAUAGCUCAACUCUCUGAACUAUUUAUAACACCCCCUUCCAAACACCAAGGAAACCUCUAGGUUCUUCACUGCGUGUGGCAGUAUGGAGAUGUAAUUUACGGUCUACGCAAAACUACUCGACAAAUUUUCCUCUGCAAAUUUUCUGGAAAUCCGCACAAAUGUGCUCCAACAGUUCUGCGAGGUCAAAGAAGUGGUGGUCAUAAUGUGUAGUGUGUCUGGUUGGGGUUAAACAGGACGAAAGGAGGCUGGUCACCAACAGCGUUUGCACUGAUGUAAAUACAUUUCAGUUUCAACGUGCAGUCAUGUGACGUUUAUGUGUCAAACCCUUUCAAGAUUAAAUUAUAUUCUGAAUUUGAAGCAAUCAUGCUGAGUAUUCUGAUGCUGGAAUUGUCUUCCUCACUUUCAAGAUGUACAAUGUGAAGUAUGUCAAAUUUGAAGUUUGAAUGCAACACUGCUGCUUUAAUGAAGUCACUUUGGAACAA